AUGGCCCUACUCGACGCUCAGGCUAUUGUCAGCAAAUGCGAGGCAUGUCAGAUGUUCGCCACGAAGCUGCAUGCCCCAGCUUCUGAACUUAAGACAAUUCCCAUCGCUUGCCUUUUGCGCAAUGGGGACUCGACAUGCAUCAUCACAGACAAUCGAAGCAACUUCAAAGCAGCCGAUUUUCAGGACUUCUACGGGCAGAUGGGGAUCCGAAUCAACUACGCUGCAGUCGUGCACCCGCAGACAAAUGGCCAGGUCGAAAAGGCCAAUGGUCUGCUCACUGAAGGCAUACGGAAAAGGUUGAUGACACCCUUGCGGAGAGUAGCUGGCGUGUGGGUCGAAGAACUCCCCUCGGUACUCUGGAGCCUUCGCACUACACCAAAUUCUUCCACGCAGUUCACCCCUUUCUUUAUGGUGUACAGGGCAGAGGCAGUUCUGCCAUCCGAGGUGAGGUACAAUGCACCUCGGGUCGCAGCAUACGCCGGACCAGACUGCACAGAAGGUAUGGAAGAUGCACUCGACGCAGCAGAUGAGGCACGUGACAUCGCCCUCGCUCGGUCAACGGUCUACCAAUAG